UAGUACAGGUGGGCCCAAGGGCCCAAGGGGUCAGCAUGGUCCUGGUAUGGGGGUGGUGUGGACAGGAGGGGCGAUGGGGAGAGCCCAGCUGGUGCUGUGGGCCAAGGCAGCGUAGGAGGCAGCCGUGGGGAAAUGGUGGAGCUGCAGCACUUGCGCCACUGGCCCCUUCCGGGGCAGUGCAGUUCCAGCCCUGACGAGGGUGGUUGUCAUCACAGUGGGAUGGGGACGGGGCUGGUGCUGGGGCAGUCCCUGCUGGGUCAGCCCAGCCACUGAGGGCUGGCACACAAGCACUGGCCCCAGACGUUGACAUGAAACCGUUCUCUGCCCCACAUACCAGCCCCAGAGUAUCAGCCCUGCUCUCUGCUCCAUACCCCAACCCCAAAGCAUCCCCCCAUUCUUUCAUGCACACAACCCCACGUUCAGCCCCACAGUGCUGCUCAGGGGCACCCCCCGAACCUCUCAGUCUCUCUGGAGGAACUGGGCAAACCCAGGCAUUGCGAAAGGUGGAAAGCCCGCUCUGACGGCACUUCCUUCGGAGACUCUUGAAAACCCACCACACCAACAUCAGGCUCACAGAGCACUCAAGCGACGCCACAGGCAGCACAAGCAGGAGCAGGAAGCCGGGUGCCGCAGCACUCAACAGGUACCGGCAGGUCUCUCCCCAGGUUUUGCAAUCAGCCUUGGAGAUGGCAUUCGUCCCCGAUUUGGACAUACUGGAGAGAAGCAGCCUGAAUGAGGAGACAUUUUAUGGCCCUGACUGCCUCUGCCUGCAGAAGAAACCCCAACUGGACUUGGAAAUGGCAUCGCCUGGGGUGGGCAUCCAGGUGACAGUGACCAAGGGACACCCUGCCAGGACCUUUCGCCAGGCUGCUGUCCUUGUGGCAGCUGUGACCAAACCAGCAGACAAGGAGUUUGCUGACAGUGACCUUGGGGACUUCCUGGAUGAUAUUUUUGAGCCUGUCUCCUUCCAGCGGAUUAAUGGCAGCUAUGCUGGAGCACCCAUCUAUCGCUACACCCGCUCCCAGUCCUUCGACAUCCUUGAUAUUGACCAGAAGUGCUUCGUGCUGGAGUCACCCACUCAGCUGGUAGCCCUGCACCUGCAGGGACCCUCUGCUGGGCGGAAGGUGAAGCUCAACAUCGCUCUGUACCGUCCUCAGUCAUCACAGGGUGGCCCAGGGACUGGGCGGGUGCCAGUGGCACUGGGCAUCAAGGGCUACCAACUCUACAUGUCAUGUGUGAUGAGCGGUGCUGAGCCCGUGCUGCAGCUCGAGGAAGCUGACGUCAGGAGGGACAUUGAGAGUGUGGAGCUGACCCGCUUCAUCUUCUACCGCCUGGACAGCCCAACCGAGGGCACCACGCGCUUUGAGUCGGCUGCCUUCCCUGGCUGGUUCAUCUGCACCUCCCUGCAGCCCCGCCAGCCCGUCAGCAUCACCAACCAGCCUGACCAGGUCAACAUCGCCACUUAUGAGCUGAGCAGGCACUGAGGAGCCCCCGCUCCCAACCCAACCCAACUGGCAGUCGCUGGUUCUCAGGCCGUAUGUACCAAGUACAAAUCCCAGUGGGACCCCCCAUCCUCUACAUCUAUUUCAGGUGAAAUAGCAUCUCUGGGCCCUGUUGGCCCAACCCACCCCCAUUUGUACUUAUUUAUUGUGUAUAUCCAGUGGUUUUGUUCUUAUUUAUUGUGUAACACUUCUUGCUUUUAACUUAUUGUAUAGUUUAUUGGAAAUAUUGUGGUUUUGUUCUCUGGAAUUUGUUGGUAAUGGAGGUGGAAAUAAAAGGUUUCUCA